AUGCGGUCAUUUUUGCUUGCGGCGUUGGCUACGCUCGUCGCUUCUCAAACGUUCGAAGCUCCCGACUUUAACGUCACUGAGGCUCUAAUUGAUCAAGGUGUCAAUAUCUCAGCAUUGCCAGAGCUAGCUGGUCUUGUGGAGCGGUCUUCGGAUUUGGCUUGCAACAUCGCCUGUUCUUCACUCGAAGUUCUUUACGGCAACAAGUCUGUCGAGUUUCAAAAUGAGGCUGGCUACACUGCAUUCACAUCCGGGUUCUGGUCUGGGAUCUCGGCCGAUGUGAGGCCAUACUGUAUCUUCAAACCCUCAAGCCCUGCUGAGGUUUCUGUGAUGGUACUUCUAUCUCGGCUUUCACAAUGUCCGUUUGCCGUCAAGUCUGGCGGUCAUAGUGCGUUUGCUGGCGCAGCUACCAUUGAAGGUGGUAUCACCGUAUCAUUCGAGAACAUGAAGGGCAUCAAACUUUCCGGAGACAAGAAGACUGUCGCGGUACAGCCAGGAAACAAUUGGGGUAACGUGCUGACUGCAUUGUCGACCACUGGUGUCACAGUCGUGGCUGGUCGAAUCGGUGAUCUCGGUGUUGGUGGUCUUACCCUUGGUGGAGGCAUCUCGUUCAUCACUAACGAGUAUGGUCUGGCAUGUGAUAACGUUGCCAGUUUCGAUAUCGUCACUGCAAGUGGCAUUAUAGUCACAGCAAGCCCUAAGACCUUCCCAGACCUGUACUGGUCUCUCCGCGGUGGAGGAAACAAUCUCGGCAUAGUGACCAACUUCAACCUGUGGACGAAACCACUCAAAAACGACCAAAUCUGGGGCGGAACCCGCACUUUCACCGAGGACGUCUUCCCAGAUGUUGUCAAAGCAUGGAUCGACCUCACACUUGACUCAGCCCAAGACCCCAAGGCUGGCAGCUGGAUCGCCUGGAUAAAUGCCGGCGCAAAGGUUGCUUCGACCGAGCUCUGGUAUGGCGCACCAGCUGGUAAUGAGUCUGCCAUUCUGGCGCCUUUCUACAACAUCACUGCCAUAUCAGACAGCACAAAGACUCGCGGCCAUGCCUCUUACGUAGUGGACAACGAAGCCAGCAAUACAUAUGGACAGCGUGAGAUCUUCUACGACAUUACAGUCAAAGCCUCGUACGAGAUCGCUCAGCGCUCCGUGGACAUCUUCUUCGAUUCAAUCGACGCUCUGUCAGCAGUGGAAGGCGCAUUCCCCGUGCUUAUCUGGCAGCACAUCACGGAUGGUUCGCUCAAAGGCAGUACCCGUAACGGUGGCAACGCAUUGGGAUUUAAUGCCAACGGUAGCCCUAUUCAUAUUAUCCAGCUAGCAUGCUCGUGGAACAAUGCUGCGGAUGAUGAAACCGUAUACAAGGUCAUGUCCGAUAUCAUGAAGGCUAUCAAGAGCGAUGCGGUAAAGUUGGGUGUGCAGAAUGAUUGGGUGUACAUGAACUAUGCAGCGAUGUUCCAAGAUGUUAUUGCAAGCUAUGGAUCGGCUAGUAAGAGUAAGUUGAAGACUGUCGCGAAGAAGUAUGAUCCGACGCAGGUUUUCCAGAAGCUGCAACCUGGGUAUUUUAAGUUGGAUCGCGCUGCGGUUCCUGAUGCAAGGUACUUUUCGUAUUGA